GAAACAGAGCGUCCCGUCGGCUCCGCGCGCGCCAGUCGUCCCGCGGCCGCAAAAUACUACAGCCGGCGACCGGACCGGUGCGAUCGCGGGCGGUCGUGUGCGUGCUUGUGCGUGUGUCCCGUCGCGUACCCGUUUCUCAAGUCCGUAAAAUAAUAAUUGUAAUAAAAUAACGGUGUACAGUGUUUACGAUAUAUGUCGUGCGACACGACAGCUGACGACGACAGUAUCGUGAAAUAUUUCGCUUAAAUGAUCCGUCACGUGUACACGUGCGCCACACGAUAAUAUAAUAUGAUAACCACGUGAAAAUAAUAAUUAUAAUAGCAUCAUCGUAUCCUGGUAAAUACCGUUAUUAUAUUACCGUCGCGCUCGGCGUGGUCCGCGACCGCCGUCGUACCCGACCGUUGUUAUCGUCAUGUCGGCGGCGACUUCGUCGGUCUGGCGGCGAAAGGAGACAGCAGCAAUGAUAAUAUCGUCGUCGUCGACGACGACCGCGGUAACCGCCGGUAGCCACCGGCCCACGUCGUCUCCGCGGGUGAUGGCGUAACCGCGACGCCGCUGCAUCGUAUACUAUGACUGAGCACCGACCAGCAAUAGUUAUACAAACAAAUAUCAUAUCAUACCACAAGAACACACAAAUUAUUUAAAUAUAAUAAUGGAUAACUUCAAAUAAGAACACCGCUGAAUAAUGUUAUAAUAAUAUAAUAAUAUUAUAAUACAUUAUUAUACGAAUAAAACAACAUGCUCAUAUGAUGUAAUAUAAUAUAUAUUACAUUAAAAUUUUCACAGAAUGAUGUAGGUAUCUUAAUCGGGUGAUGCUGAGUGAUGAACGGCGAUCAAGAGUUGGUGACCGUAUUGGCAGUCUGUGGCGUGGCCGCCCUAGCCACAUUAAUAAACGGAUACGUCUUAUUAGUCAUUCUACUUAGCAAACGGACGAGUUCACCGAUCAACGUGCUGCUUACACAUUUGAGUGCUGUGGAUUUGAUUAUUUGCAUUGCUGUACUGGUUUCCAUUUUACCGGAAGCAUUUAACCAGUACGAAAAAGUCGCUCCGUGGCUGUGUCCUGUUCACGGAUUUCUGUUUAAUUUCCUACAUCCAAUGGCCAUUUGGACAGUGUGUGGUCUCAACUGUGACAGAUAUUAUGCAAUUGCGGCACCAUUGCAUUACGGAACACUAGUAAAUAGCCGCAAAAUCAUGUUGGGACUCUGUGGCACAUGGAUUGUAUGCUUGUUGAUCUCAUUGCCACCGGUUUUCCGGUUAGUUCCUUACACUUAUCAACCGGGCAUACCUGUUUGUACGACAGAUUUCAGCAAAGGUCGAGCUACUAUUUUAUACAGCAUUUUCUAUACUACCAUUAGUCUAGUACUACCCGGUGUCAUCAUACUCGGAUGUAACAUAAAAGUGUUCACGAUCGCCCGGUACCACAGGCACCGCAUAGCGUCGGCGAUAUUCGAGGUGACGCUGUCGGCGCAGGUGACCAUCACGCACCAGCGGAACCCGUUCUUCCUGCCCACGGCGAUGGCCAACAAGCUGCGCCGGAGCAACGCGUUCUCGGCCGUGUUCCAAAUCGUCGGCUCGCUGGCCGCGUUCUACCUGCCGUACUAUUGCGUGUGCCUGUACGAGUCGCUGUGCGCGGCGGUGGGCGCGGCGCCGCGCACCGACCCGGCCGUCAAGUCGCUGUCGUUCGCCCUGAUCACCGGUUCAGCGCUGUGCAACGGUCUGCUGUACGGCAUCAAGAACAAGCUGCUGAAGAAGACGUACCAGAACUACCGGCGCAAGAUGAUGACCAAGUGCGAGGUGAACCAGGAGAUCCAGGCCCGGACGCCGUCGGCGUGCGGGUCGCGCAGGCCGUCGCUCACGCCGGUGGCCGCGGCCGCGGCCGCCGCCGCCGGCAGCGGUGUUCACGGCAAGUCGGCGGCGGCGGCGGCGUCGGCGCCGUCCGGCCAGGCGACCGCGGCCACGCCGCUGCUGUUGCUCUGCAGCCGACGGUCGUCCCUGAUGAGCCUGUCCGAGACGGGCGAACCGCCGGCGCCGGUCAGACGGGGCGCCGCCACGUGUUCGGCCAACGCUCUGAACUUUGGCAACUAUUACGCGGACGUGCACUUCAACGACGGCGGCGGCGGCGGCGGUGGCGGCGUCGGAUCGUCCAUCAGACGGUGCUACUCGUCGACCACCAACGACGGCGGACCGGACCGGGGCAGCCGGUGCGCGGUGGCCAACAGGAGCGCGUUCGUCCGGCGCAUAUUGCGCGACUCCCGACGAUCGCCCAGGAUAUUGAUCACUAGGGCCAUGUCCGAGGAGAGCGAACCGUACUCGUCCGAACAGGGCAGCGGCGGCGGAGCGACCGUCUGCGGCCGGAACGACCGCAGGGCCGGCGCGCGCAAGCUGUCGUCGUCCGCCGUCACGCUGUUCAUCGACGACUGCAGGCCCGGCACCGGCCGCGUCCAGGAGGACGCCGACUUCGACUUCAACGACGAUUGUAGCGGUGGCGGGGGCGGCGGGGGCGGCGGCUGCGACGACGACGACGAAGACACGUCGCUGGCCUACUACAGCAGUCCGUCUUCCAGCAACGACGGUAGCGGAUGCGCGGCCAACGACGGCCUCGCGCUGUUUGCCAGGCUGUCCACGUAAGGCUCCGUCGUGGCGGCGGCUGUGGUUUUUUUUUUUUGCAAUCAAACGACGAGGCGAUUCUCCUUUCGUCGUCAUCGCUCUCCUCGCGCGCGCAACGACGUAUUUUUUACUGAAACCGAAUUUUUUAUUGGUUUCCACAUAAUAUUUUAUUAUUAAUUAUCUCAUGUGCGCGAUCCCUUCGAAACGGUGUUCCUGUUCGUCAUGCAAUAUACUAUACUGAAUGCGAUGCCGAUAUCCGUUGAGGGAACUCAACGAUCGUCGCGUACGAACGAUAUUAUAUUGCACUUUAUCCAGACAUAUGCAAUAUUAAUCGUGUAUGAAAAUACUAUUUAUAUAUAUCGCUUAAGAUAGUCAGACGAAAAAAUUUAGAUGAUAAUAUUACUCGGUCGUGUAUUACCUACCUGUAUUAUAAUAUUAUAAUAUAAUCGUAUAAAUUAAUGUGUUACUCAGAUUCGGAUACUCUGACAGGACAAACGGUUUUUUUUUAUUUUUUAUCGCUUUACGCUUUGUAUUGGAAUGUAAUUUUUGUUUUUUUUAUUUAAAAUUAUAUUUAUACACGUUUUAAAAUGUUUUAUUAAAAAUAAUGAAUUAUAGGUUAAAAAAUUAAGAUGAAUUUAAUAUAUUAUAAAUGUUGAUGAUCUAAAAAAUAUAUUAAUUAAAUAUUAUAUAAUCGAAAUUUAAGGUGAGAUAAUUUGCCUCACUAUCAGUAUCACCCACCGAAUAUCUGAAGAGAUUCACUUACAGUCUGUGAAAAUUAAUUUCUCACAAGAUGAUAUCGUUUUAAUUACUGCUGAUGUUUCUAAAACGUUAUAACAUAAUUUAAUUGCAUAAUAGUUAUUGAAUAGGUAUAUAAUACAUUAUUCAUAAUAAGACUUUUAUUAUAAACGGGUCAUCACGAGUUUUAAUCGACCUACAUUAUAGGUCUCCCGAAGAUUAUAUUGUGAUUAUAUUAUAUUUAAGUCAACAGACAAAAAUAUAUUGAAGUCAUUCGAGGGAUCAAAGGUAAUUUUUUUUUUAAAUUUUUACCUGUUUUUAAACAUUUGUUUUUGAGCUCAUUUUAGAUCAUGUUGUAGAGUUGAGCUUACUUUUCCUAACGAAUUUAAUUUCAAUAGAAAUUCAUUUUUUUUUUUAUGUAUUAUCAUUAUUUACUUUAUUUUGUAUUAAAUAUAAAGUAUUUGCAGAUAGCCAUUUACUGUUCAAACGGUUUUUAAAGUUUCUUUUUGUAUAUCAAUGUAUUUCUAAUAUAUUAUAAAACUGUAACUGUUAUUGAUAGUUAAUAUGUUAUGGUCUUAAUAAUACAUAAUAUUAUAUAUCCCUCGAUAAGAUAUAUAUUAAAGCAGUUAUUCCAAACUUUUUUUUCCGCGGUGCCUUUUUUUGGACCAAAUUCAGCCACGGUGAUCCUACUGUGAAUACCAUGAAAAACAACAAAAAGCCCUUAGAAAGUGCUCGCAUGCCCCUAGUGCACCGUGAUACAAUUUGAGAACCGUUAUAUUAUAAUUAUAGCAUAAUUACCUACAUUAAUUGGUUUAGUAUAUCUAAUGUUUAUACUAAUAACAUAACAAUUCCCGAUUAUUUUAACUUAAUGCAUUCAACGUCAUAAAUGUAAUAACAUUGUAAAAAUAAUUCUACAUAAAAAAAUGUUAAACAACCAUUUUACAAAUCCUAUUAAAAUUAAAUGAUUGCGGGGUUUGAACGAUUAACAUUAAAUGAGUUAAAAUAUCUACAGUAAAGUAUAUAUUUGUUCUUUUUGGCGUUUUCAACAUUGUUUGACAGUUUACAAAAUGAGAUUUGUUAAAAUAUAAAAUAAAUUAAAUAGGGGUAUUUUUUUUUAGACUUCUUUCACGUAACUAUUAUAAAUAUUUUAUUUUAAGAAUAGUUAUUAUUUCUAUGCUUGGCUUUUUACAAAUAUACGAAACACAUUAAUAACAAACAAGAUUGACGAAAAAACGUAUUUAUUCUUAAAAAUAAAAUAUUUGAAAAUUUCCAAAAUAAAAUAACAUUCAACAGUUUUUAAUCAAUUAUAGGUACGUAACUGAAAUUAAAUAAAUGUUAAUUUGAUUAACAAUAAUAUCGUGCAAUAGUUCAACUAAAUUAUCUAAACAUAAUUUCAAUAAAGUAAUGUAAGUACUCUACUACCUGGGUACUAAAUUCAAACCUUACAAAUAAUACCGAUUUUAACUAAAAAAUAUAUAUUUUACCGUUUUAUACAUAUAUUAAAAUAUUUAAGCAAUAAAUAAAUAGCUAAGGAGUAAAAAUUUAACAAAUAAAUAAAAAAUAAAAUACCCAGAUUACUUUUAUUAAACUAUGAUACAAAUUAAUCGUUUUUGUUUUUAAAUUUAUUGUAAAACAAUAUUGUCAUACAUUAAUAAAUAAUUAAAAUUACUGUUAUCUAUAUACCUAAAUAUAAAAUAUUUUUUAUUUUAACUACGUUUUAAUAUAUUUGAGUUGUCCUAUGAGAAUUUACUACUUUUAUUUGGUUGAUUAAUUAUGUUUACAUACUCUAACCAUUUAAAAUAGUUAACCUAAAAACAUCACAGAACACCCCGUAUACGGCGUAUAUAAUCAUAUUGUAUUGUCACUUACACUACAUAGUAGGUAUUUAUAAUGUCUGCAUUGUACAAUAUAUAAUUUUGUAUGAUCAUUAAAAAUCUACAUUAUGGAAUAUUAAGAAUAAUUAGCCAUAAUAAUAAUAACUUUACUUGUCAUUAUAUAUUUUUAAGAAAUAUAGAUGUUUGUAAUCAAUCAUUAUUUUCUACAGACAUCACUAAAUUAGUUGUAAGAGUUUUUCAUACAUCUGUACAAUGUAAAAGUGUAGAAUAAAUAAAUAAAUAUAUAUAUAAUAUAUAAUUACAUAUAAUUUUACAAAACUUAUCUGCCAAAUCAUGGAUACUUGCAAUAUGAUCAAAGAAAUUACAAAGUGACCAUUUAGUUCAUUUAAAACAAAUAAUUAUUAUUCUUUAACAUUUCUUUUGGCUGCAACAAUAUUAUACAUACAAUUUAUAACAAUAAAAUAUGUUUAACUUGUAGCUGGUUAACUAGAUACAUAUAGAUAUGUAAACAUAAUAUGCUAUACAGUUCAAUUAUGUAUUAUUAUUUGAGUAUAGGAAUAACUGCAGACAUUCGAUAAUACAGAAUAAUGUGAGGAAACCUAUUCAAAUUCAAAUAUAAGAACCAUUUUAAGACUUUGAAGUUAACAAAUUGAUCAUACAUGACAUAUGUAUCUAAAUAACUAACAUUUAAUAAGUUACAUCUUACAUGUGAUUUAUUCGAUUUAGGAAUUUAUCUGUAACAAAAUAUACGUACGUGUAUGUAUAUACCAGAGAUAAAAUAUAAUAUUUAUAAAUAAUUAGGUAUAAGAGCAAUUAUGAUAGUAUUACAUAAUUUGAAUUUCGAGUACAUACCUAUGUUUUUGUACUUUGAGUUUUUAUUCAUUUUUAUUACACAGACUUUAAAAUGUUAUGAUUUGUUUUAAAACAGUUAACUCAUUCUAGUUUUGAAAACAAGCACAAUACAAAAUAAAAUAAAAUAGUAUAAAUUGAAGAUUAAACUAACUUCUAUCGAUUAAAUUAAUUAAUUAAUAAAUUUGUGAUACAGAUAUUUAAAAAUCAAAAUAUUGUAAUAAUUUUUGAUACAGUACAGUGAAUUUUAUAAUAUAUCCUACAGAAAACUAUAAAAUAACCAACCGGGAAUACAAACAAGAAUAAAUGUGUACGUACAUGACUAAAAAAGUAAAAAACGAAUAUUUUUUCAAACAGUUCAAAUAGUACCUAGUAUUUUAUUUUUUAAUACAGUUCACGAACAAAAUAUAAUAUUACCCGAGAAGUUAUAAAUCUACAUGAUAAAAAUAUAAAAAUAUUUUUUUUUUUAUUUAUUUAAAAUAAUAGUAGGCUACCUAUUCUAUGUGCUUAGAGUAAUAUUUUUAAAAAAUGAGUACAUUUAUUGAAAUCGAACAACAGAAUAAAUGUUGUGCAUUAAAUUGAUAACCAAAUAUUUGUAUCAUAUUGUACAAUAUAUAUAUUUUAUGAUGUAUGUUCAUUACAUAACUGAAUUUGUGGUGUAGUUUGUUAAAAAAUUGUAUUUAUUAUUUUUAACAUACCUAUAAAAAAUGGCACACCGAAAAGUAUAAUUUAUGUUAAAUACCUAUAUUUCAACUCUUAUCUUUAUGUUUCAAUUAUUUGUUUUACAUUCUAAAUUGAUCUUUAAUGUAAUAAUAUAUCAAACAUAUGUUAAAUUUAUUUUUAGUAUUAAUACAUAAUCAAAAUGUGCAAUAAUAAUAAUAUAUAUAUGUUAAUGAAUAUAUACUAUAAUAUUUUAUGUGCGCCUUGUAAAAAAAAAUUGUUUUUUCUGUACUUUUGAGAUAUUAUUACGAUGUUGUUAUAAUUUUAGAAACACUUGAACCAGUGUAUUUGAAAAGUUACAAUGUAAAAUUAUUGUUUAUUAUAUAAAUUAUAAAUAUAUAACUCACCAUUAUAAUCAGCGUAAGAAUUCAUGUGAAGUUAAUUUUUAAUUUGUAUUUCCUAAAUAUAGAUCGAAUUUUUAUUCGAUUUUCUGAGAAUUGAAUAUUAUGGUCCAUAUUUUAUGAACAUGUAAUCGAAUAAAAUUCUUAUGAAGUCAAUGAAUAUUUAUCGCCAACUAUAAAUAUUAUAUAGAUAUUUCAAUAAAUUUAAACAACAACAGCAAAUAAUAAUAGUUAAUAAAGUAAU